GUCCCGGCACGCGCCGGGGCGGGGAUUCCCCGGUCCGCGAUGGCGGCCGCGGCCUGAGGCGGCCCCGGCGAUGGCGGCCGCGGCCCCCGCGGCCCCGGCGGCCCCCGGCGAGGCAAAGCGGCCCGAGGGCGACGAGUGGUGCGACAGCGGGCUGGGCUCGCUGGGCGAGGGGCCGCUGGGGCCGCCGCUGCCCGCCAGCCCCGGAGCGGAGUCCCCCGAGCCCCUCGCUGACCCCGCGGCCUGGCUGCGGCACGUCCUGAGCUUCGUCACCGAGGAGGGCGACACGGCCCUUCACCUGGCCGUGAUCCACGAGCACGAGCCGUUCCUGGAGUCCAUCCUGCGGCACGCCGAGCGCUCCCCGUACCUGGACCUGCAGAACGACCUGGGCCAGGUGGGCUCGCCCCGCAGCUGGGGGUCCCGCGGGAGCUGGGGGGGGAUUUGGGGUGCAGCUGCGGGGAGGGGGGAGUUUUGGCUGGGCUUUGAGCCCCCCCCACCAAGGUGUGAACCAGCCUGCGCCCCCCAGAGCCCUGCACAUCGUGCUGGGGCGGGGUUUGGGGCGGGGUUUUGGGGGGGGUCACGGUUUUCCGCGGGUUUUUUUGGGGACGGGGACACGGCUCAGGCGUCACGCGGGUUUGGAAUUUUGGGAGGAACGUGGCUUUUUGGCGAGGGGUCGCGCUUGUUUGGGGGGCACGUCGGGAGGGGAAUAAUUUGGGGGGAGGUCCCACGUGCUCAGGCAGGGCUUUGGGACCCCCCGUGUCCCCCCCCCACAGGUUACACCCCCCUGCACGUGGCCGUGCUGCGCCGGGACCUGGAGCUGGUGCAGCUCCUGCUCCGCGCCGGCGCCGACCCCGACCGGCCGGAGCCGAGCUGUGGCCGCAGCCCCCUGCACUUGGCCGUGGAGGCGCAGAGCCCCGAGGUGGCCGAGUGCUUGCUGCGGGGAGGGGCGCGGCCGGACCCCCGCACCUUCUCGGGGUUCACCCCCCUGUACAGCGCCCGGCGCCGCCCCGACCCCCGCCUGCCGCCCCUCCUGCGCCGCUUCGGGGCCCGCGACCCCCCCAGCAGCGACAGCAGCGACAGCAGCGACAGCGAGGGCGGGGCCGGGGACAGCGAGGACGAGUACGACGACAUCGUCAUCAACAGCAGGCGCUGAGAGCCCCCCCGGGGACCCCCCCUGAGCCCCCCGGGAUGGGCUUGGGGGUCCCCCCGCCACCCCCCAGCCGGGGGGACCUCCUGAAGACGCGCCCCCCGCCCCCCAAAAUCCCGGGGGAGCCCCAAGGGUUGUGGGGGGCAGUGGGAAAUAAAGGAGAGGCUGCGCUCAGA